UGCGCAGCCUCAAUGCUGGGUUGGGCGGAGCCUCGCCGGCUGCAUACACGUCACUUCCGAGGCGGGAGGAUGAAGUUGAUUGAUUAUGGUCUCUCCGGCAACCAGGAAGAGUCUGCCGAAGGUGAAGGCCAUGGACUUCAUCACCUCCACAGCCAUCCUGCCCCUGCUGUUCGGCUGCCUGGGCGUCUUCGGCCUCUUCCGGCUGCUGCAGUGGGUGCGCGGGAAGGCCUACCUGCGGAAUGCUGUGGUGGUGAUCACAGGCGCCACCUCAGGGCUGGGCAAAGAAUGUGCAAAAGUCUUCUAUGCUGCGGGUGCUAAGCUGGUGCUCUGUGGCCGGAAUGGUGGGGCCCUAGAAGAGCUCAUCAGAGAACUCACCGCUUCUCAUGCCACCAAGGUGCAGACACACAAGCCUUACUUGGUGACCUUCGACCUCACAGACUCUGGGGCCAUAGUUGCAGCAGCAGCUGAGAUCCUGCAGUGCUUUGGCUAUGUGGACAUACUUGUCAACAAUGCUGGGAUCAGCUACCGUGGUACCAUCAUGGACACCACAGUGGAUGUGGACAAGAGGGUCAUGGAGACAAACUACUUUGGCCCAGUUGCUCUAACGAAAGCACUCCUGCCCUCCAUGAUCAAGAGGAGGCAAGGCCACAUUGUCGCCAUCAGCAGCAUCCAGGGCAAGAUCAGCAUUCCUUUUCGAUCAGCAUACGCAGCCUCCAAGCACGCAACCCAGGCUUUCUUUGACUGUCUGCGUGCCGAGAUGGAACAGUAUGAAAUUGAGGUGACCGUCAUCAGCCCCGGCUACAUCCACACCAACCUCUCUGUAAAUGCCAUCACCGCAGAUGGAUCUAGGUAUGGAGUUAUGGACACCACCACAGCCCAGGGCCGAAGCCCUGUGGAGGUGGCCCAGGAUGUUCUUGCUGCUGUGGGGAAGAAGAAGAAAGAUGUGAUCCUGGCUGACUUACUGCCUUCCUUGGCCGUUUAUCUUCGAACUCUGGCUCCUGGGCUCUUCUUCAGCCUCAUGGCCUCCAGGGCCAGAAAAGAGCGGAAAUCCAAGAAGUCCUAGUACUCCGACCAGCCAGAGCCAGGGCAGAGAAGCAGCACUCUUAGGCUUGGUUACUCUACAAGGGACAGUUGCAUUUGUUGAGACUUUAAUGGAGAUUUGUCUCACAAGUGGGAAAGAUUGAAGAAACACAUCUCUUGCAGAUCUGCUGGCAGAAGACAAUCAAAAACGGCAACAAGCUUCUUCCCAGGGUGAGGGGAAACACUUAAGGAAUAAAUAUGGAGCUGGGGUUUAACGCUAAAAACUAGAAAUAAACAUCUCAAACAGUAA